AUCUCCCGCGCGCAAAAGCAGCCCGCGCCCCGCGCGCGGCCCGACACACAUCGGAGGAGCUGCCCGCGGUGCGGAGAAGCAGCAGCCAGCAUGGCCGACUACAACAUCCCGCGCAUGCCCAAGCACUACGGGACCCUGAAGAUGCCGGAGCACGACGUCGAGCGGGAGCUUACGUUGUUGCGGCAGAACUGGAAGGAUUUACCGAUUUCGGCGGUCGUGAGCGAGUACGGGUACGCGUGCCACGCGCAGCGCUUGGCCGACAUCGGGACGGGAAAGACGCCCUGCCUCGUGGACUGCCGAACGCCGCGGACGAUGAAGCGGAAGACCUUCCGGCCGGAGGUGGACAUCAAGCGACGACCGAAGUCCGCCGGUGCCAGGCGACCGAAGACGCCGCAACGGCCCGCGACGCGCGAUGGGAGGCGAGCGAUCGAGUCCGGGACGCGGGACCUCUCGGCCGAGACCAAGGAGAUCCUGCGGGGCGGGUAUACGCUGGACGACAAGCAGAAGGAGGUCUACGACCAGUUCACGGAGAUGUUGGCGGACUUUGAUCUGUACAUGAUGGUAAUCGACCAGUGUGUCGGGUGCACCCAAUGAAUAGUCACGAAGUCAUUUCUCGGCGAUGACGCGGCCGUGCUGGCUCCAUCGCGCGGAGGACGACGCGACGAUUCUGCACGAACGCGCCGUAAAAUUUUGA